CAUAAUUAUUUUUUAAUCCAAUACCUCAAUUUGUCAACUUCAUCAUCUGGGCUCCUCUGAUUUUAUCCAUUUCAUAAGCUAAUAGUAAAAAAGAAAAAAUCAAGAGAAGUGAAGCAGAAGAAAAGAACAAAUCUUUGAAACUUCUUGUUUGAUUCUUGAGAAUAAAGUGAUGACCUUUUGAUUGCAGAGCAAAUGGGCAUUGUGGUUUCUUUAUUUUGUGUCUGUGUCUGCUCUCUCUGGUGCAAAACAAGUUUGUCCUGAAGGGUGAAUCCUAAUAAUGAAGAAUAAGAAUCAGAUAAAGGAACAGGGACAGGGAAAAACAAGAAUAACUAAAAGACUCAAAGCAUUUAUGAAGUGCCUCCAAUCAGGGGAGCAAUUAAAAUCAGAUGAAAUGAUCUCUUCAUCUGAAUCAUUAGCUACAAGGGAUUAUUCAACAAGUGUGCACUCAGCUCGAGAUAUUGACGCUGAACAGGAACCAGAUACUAGCAAUAUUGAGGAAGCUGAAUUAUCUCUGCGGGAGAAUGGUUCUUUGAAUUACGAGGAAGCAAGAGCUUUGCUAGGAAGGUUUGAGUAUCAGAAAGGAAACAUAGAAGCUGCACUACAUGUGUUUGAAGGAAUAGAUAUUGCUGCAGUUACGCCAAAAAUGAAAGCAACCCUUACUGCAAAAGUGGCAAAAGUGGAGACUCGUAAACGACGCUCACAUAAUUAUGCUAGCCCGCCAAUGUCCAUACAUGCUGUCAGUCUGCUCCUGGAAGCUGUUCUUCUGAAAACAAAAUCGUUGCAAAUCUUAGGAAGGUAUAAAGAGGCUGCUCAAUCAUGCACAGUUAUUCUGGAUAUUGUUGAAUCUUCAUUACCUACAGGUUUUCCUGAAAACUUUGGUGCUGACUCUAAAUUGCAGGAAACACUUAAUAAUGCGGUUGAGUUGCUUCCAGAGUUGUGGAAACUGGCUGACUCUCCUCGUGAAGCUAUCUUGUCAUAUCGGCGGGCUCUUCUCUUUCACUGGAACCUAAAGGCAGGAACUGUAGCUAAAAUAGAAAAAGAGUUUGCCACUUUUCUUCUGUAUAGUGGUGAAGAAGCUAGUCCUCCAACCCUUCGUUCCCAAAUGGAUAGUUCGUUUGUCCCUAAAAAUAACAUGGAGGAGGCUAUUCUUUUGUUAGUGAUAUUACUAAAAAAAAUAUCUCUAAAAAUAAUUGAGUGGGACCCAUCAAUUUUGUAUCACCUACAGUAUGCUUUAUCUCUUUGUGGAGGAGGAAUGGCUUUGGCUAAUAAACUAGAAGAAUUGCUUCCUGGAGUCAUUGAUCGGAAAGAAAUGUACUACACACUAGCCCUCUGUUACCAUGGGGAAGGAGAUGAUAUUAGUGCCUUAAAUUUGUUGAGAAAAUUGUUGCAUAGUAGUGAGGAUCCAAAUCACGUGCCGUCAUUAUUAAUAGCUUCCAAGAUCUCCAGCAAGAGCGAUAGUUAUGAGGAUGGUGCAAAAUUUGCCUUCAGAGCCAUAGAGAAUUUGAAAGGCGGAUGUGAUCAGAUGGUUGGUGUUGCCAACUCUCUACUCGGCAUUUCACUUGCAGCACAAUCUAGUUUAUCUCUGACAGAUUCUGAGAGAACUAUGAAACAGUCUGAAGCACUCCAUUCCCUGGAAACAGCUGUUAGCAUGACAAAUCUAAGCAACCCCAGUGUUGUUUAUAAUCUCAGUUUAGAAUAUGCCCAGCAGAGGAAACUAGUUCCUGCACUUCACUAUGCGAAGUCCCUGCUUAAAUUGGAAGGAGGGUCUAAUAUUUCAGGGUGGCUGUUGGUGGCUAAGAUAUUAUCUGCUCAAAGGCGACUAGAUGAUGCCGAAACAAUUGUCAAUGCAGCACUAGAGCAGACACAGAAGUGGGAUCAAGCAGAACUGUUGCGACUUAAAGCUAAAGUCCAAAUAGAACAGGGUAAAUUAAAAAAUGCUAUUGAAACAUACACUCAACUUCUUGCUGUUCUUCAAAUUCAUAGUAAAAGCUAUGAACAUGAGAAAAAGCUUCAUGAGGAUGCUGCAAAUCGUAGUAGGAGUUUAGAGUUGGAAACGUGGCACGAUCUAGCUUUUGUAUAUAUAGGCUUGUCAAAGUGGCGUGAUGCCGAGAUUUGUCUUUCGAAAUCAAAGGCCAUAAAAACAUAUUCUGCAUCUAGAUGGCAUGCCACUGGUGCGCUUUAUGAAGCAAAGGGUCUCCACGAAGAAGCUCUAAAAGCUUUUGCAAUUGCAUUAGAUAUUGAUUCAUCACAUGUCCCAAGUCUUGUUUCGAUGGCUGUGGUUCUCAGACAGUCUGGUGAACGAUCACUGCCAAAUGUCAGAAGCUUACUGACAGAGGCUGUGCGGCUCGACAGAAUGAACUACUCUGCAUGGUAUAAUCUUGGCCUGUUUUACAAAGACCAGGGUGCUGCAUUUGCACUAGAAGCCGCUGAAUGUUUUGAGGCUGCUACGCUUCUGGAGGACACCGCACCUGUCGAGCCUUUCAGAUGAUAUUUUCCAGUUUAACAGAAGAUAUGAUUUGACCUAAUUCUUACACGAGCAGGAGUUAUAGAAGUGCAAUGACAUUGAUCCAUUCUAAAGAAUAAAGAAAUAUAGUGUUAGUACUGGUUCUGCAUUUGUACAGGAAGUGUUAAUAUAUAGUUUAUUCUACCACUGUUGGCCCCAUUUCAAUAAUAAAUCGAGGGGGUGUAUUUGUGUAUUUGAUAUUUCGAACAGGAGGAGUACGUGUCUAAAUAUGUCAAUUUAUAAUACAAUAGAUAAUAUUAGUAUUAUUUUCAUGUAGAAAAAGAAAUUGUGUACAUAAUUGAGUUUUUUUUAUGA